CAUCUAUCCUCGACGAGUUUUGGGGUGAGUUCGGUGGGCGGGAUUAACGGCACAGGACAGUGGCUGACGAUGAGCAUCUGACAAAAAAGUCUGACGUUACGAGGCGAGUCGCUGGUUGGCUAGUUUAGAUUACAAUACACUCUCUACGUGUUUUGGUCACAUUGUGUUGAUUGAUGCACUGUCGUGAUGCUGCACACAUCGCGGGCUCGACUCGUGUUUGCUAUAAUGCAGCAACGCAACCGGCCACGAGUUUUAACAGUUGGGUAAACAGCCUCGUCCCGAACACUUCGGAGCAAAUGUUGUCUCGUUUGCAUCAUUCGCCUCACAGACCGCGUUGACAUCAGACGCGAUAUUCUGCUUCUCUCGAUUUCUUGGGCCGAAAUCUAGUUGCCGCGUGACACAUUAUCAAGCCGGCAACGGAGCUCAACAAGGCAAACAGAAAUCGUGCAUUAGCGUGGAGUGAUCGGACCGACGAUGCUGAUCUAAACUUCUCGCUGCUUCACUUCGGCUUGUUGUUUGUCGGUAAUACAAUCGAGAUGACUUCGGAAGGCUCCGGCCCAAUGCGGUCCAAAGAGUACCUGCAGAAUGGAACCCUGUAUUGGGAUACCCUCAACUAUUCCGAUUGGGUGGCUUUCCCAGAUGGUCUCCCUGAUACGACUGAUUGGUUGAAUCUUGAUGAAGUGUUAUAUCACCCAUCUGAACUAAUCCUAAUCACUCGUAUAAUGCCCAUCAUCUUAGCUAUCGGACUCGCGGGUAACAUGGCGUUUCUCUUCGUGGUGUUUCGAGUUCGCUGGAUGCGGACUGUCGUGAAUUUUUACUUGAUCAAUCUGGCCGUGGCAGACAUCGUGUUCCUGUGCGUGGCCAUCGGGGAGAAACUCGGUAUGCACAUCAGCCGACCCGAUGUCUACGACGAGGGAUCGAAAGGCAUUUCCGGCUGUAUGCUGAUCUCCUUCACGAAAGGCUGGUGCUACUUCACGUCCAUCACGCUAGUCACGCUGGUGUCUGUGGGGCGCUUCUACGCCGUCUGCAGACCGCAUGAUUAUAAACUGAAUAGUAAGCAGCGAGCACUGAAGCUCAUCUCUGGUGCGUGGUUAGCGUGCUGCGUGAUCGCAACGCUACUGAUACCGGCCAAGUCCGCGCUAUCCAAGAAAACGUACUACAAGGCUGACAUAUGGGCACCCAAUGCGAAUCUCUCCGAUAUUCUCCACAAUCCACAUUCCAGAAAGACCUGCGUACCGGUAGCUCAUGCAAGCUGGGUAGCCUUCGUUACCGACGGGCUUCAAGCUCUACCAUUCCUGGUGGCCCUCUCCGGUAACGUCAUCAUCUACGUCUGUAUAUUCCGCGCCCUCAACGACCGAGUCUCAAAGACCAGCCGCCAUAAUUCCAGGGAGCGUAAGACCGAGAUGAGAGACCGAGUCAGUCGAAUGCUGAUCGCUAACGGAACAAUGUUCUUCCUAUGCCUGGCCCCAUUCGAACUGACAUCACUCUGGGCUAUGGUUACCAAUGAUACUUUCCUCGAAACUGGAAGGCCCUGGACUCAAUUCUGCCGCGUUAUGAUGUACUUGAAUUCAGCCGUCAAUCCCAUUAUUUACAACAUCACCAACCCCAGGUACCGCCAGGCCUUCAUGCGGGCUUUCAGCAAGAAGCAGGACCGACGACACGAGUCCAAGACCCCGUCUACCGUCCAGCUCAGCCACCUGCGAGGGGAGAGCCAAGAACCCAAGUUCAAGAAGGAAGUUUCUCACUCCCAGUCAAAUUCACACUCACACUGAACAAGGAACGGCUGCUAGAUUGGCCAAGCUACACUAAUCAAACCACAUCCAAUCCCUAUGCCAUGCAACCAUUCUGUCGGAAAGAAGGUAUUGUUACUGAUCUUAUUUUUGAAUUUCAACUAGCUAAGUAACGUGGCCGAAGAGCAAACCCAACCAAUCACCUGAUCACCUCCACAGACUUAUUUAUUAGACCUACUAACAGUCAACGCUUUGGCUUUGCCAGAUUCUACCUGUUGUCUCUAUGACUACAAAUACCUGUCGAACCUUUAAAGGUUCGUUUUCAGUGAAGUAGAAAAGGUAAUACCAAUUUUUCCAUUCAUCUCUGGAACUUAACAUACAAAAACACAACAAAACCAUUAUAUUAUGACCUGCCAUACGGGACUGCAUUAUAACUUGACAUAAUGGAACUGAUGACAUCUCUGAAUGACUGAUGACGGACGAACGGAUCCCCGCGCUCGAUCCGACGAAAUCCGAGAAGUGUUUGAGCUAUAGGCUCACCUUUAGCGCAUUCUUUUUGCAUUGCAUUAAAGAGGUAUUGUCAGAAUCAAUUAUGUUUCAUUCUAUCUGCGCCCGCAGCGUUAACACGGCGUUGAGCGUUUCGUUGCAGACGCUUUGCUGUGAGCCCUCGUUGACGAAAGCCGAUUGAACAUUUUGGUAAUUGCCGUUGAUAGAAAGGCACUUACCUAAUUAGCCUUUGAAUACAAAUUAAUGUGUUUAAAGUCAUGCCAAAUAUCGGAAGUAAAAUACAAGAACAAACUCGAAGCAUGCAUAAUCGUCAGCACGAGACACUUUUUCCAGCAAUAACGUGUCUAAUUUUGGUCUCCCUUGAGUUCUAAACUCUGCCGUUUUUCAUUUCCGACGUGGACUGUCUAGUCUACAAUAGCCUUGGCGCUUGGUAAGCAUAGAAGUUAAUCGUCGUCUUUCAAUGCACUCAUCAGUGAGAGAGGGCCAACAGAGGCCAUCCAUCCAUUAAAUCAUUUAUCAGAGUAGUUUUCGUCACCUGCAUCCAUCAUGUAUUGAUUCUAUUGUAAUCAUACAGCUUUCCAGAAGCGCACCAAGGAUAGCAUCCUUUGUGGUACGCUAAAGGACUAUUUGUUUCAUUCCCAACAUGGAGGUGUUCAAGUGAUCACGCCGAGUGGCAUAAAUUCAAAAUUUUCUGACUGUAAUAAAACAAAAUGUGGUUACAAUUUCGAAAUUAUUAAAACAAAACCCAAAAUAGUGAAAACAAUUAUUCAAAAUGAAAAUGAAUAAAACUGCAGUAAAUCGUUGCUGAAUGGACCGACGUGAAAUAUACAAGUAAAAAAAACCCUAUGGUCUAAAUGAUUUAUUAUGUUACUUUGCGCAACAAUUGGUAUGAGAUUACCUGAAGUUUCGGUAAAUUCAAGUAAAAGUUUGCUAAUUUUGAGAGCAUAUUGCCACUGGGUAGGCAAUUCAUAUUUUGACAAUAUUAGCCAAAAUAUUAGGCAACAAUUGCCCAUUUUGUGUGAAAAGAUCAGAUAGGGGUGACUGGGAACAAGAAAUUAACCCGAAUACUGAUUUAUAAGGUAAUGAUGGCGUUCUACUUUUAUAGAGCUUAAAUUAUGAACGUUUUCAGAAGAAACCAAAUGUUGUUGUUUUGUCCCACCCACUUCCGUCUGAUUCGACCCGAGUCUCAUUCAUGGACCGUCCUUAGCAUUUACCUAAAGAAACUCAACAACGGUGUUAGGUUACCCGCGCCAUACGAUAUCUUCUAGGCUGUUAUCCCUAUUAUUUCUUCUCUAAUAAAUCCGGACUCCGUCUUGAUAAAUCUGAUAAGAGUUCCCGGACGCGCGAGUGCCGUAUUAAAAUUUCAAUGACGCAGCAUGAGGUUCUGUGAUUCCCUUGCUGAUGUGCUAGCUGGGCCGGCCAACCUCAUUUCUUGUUUCUUCGUCCGCCGGGAGCAACUAUUAAAGAUUAAAACACAGCGGCAGACACGGUGAGGGACGAGGCAGAGUAGAUCAGUCUCAAUAAUUCUCUCUGAUGGCGUACCUGUCCCGACCUUAUGAGGAAAUAAUUGCAUUUAAAACUCACAGAAAUCAGGCAGGGUGUUCGGUCAAAGAGCAAGGAAACACUGUGUUCGCCUGCCUUUUGGUCUUGUGGCUCUUUCGUACUUCAUCUUUCUGAUUCCGAGAUGGCGAGACAUGCGCCAGGCCAGCAGUGGUUAUCGCUCUUUUGAGCGCACUGACAUGUUAUUGGCGGCUAAGAAACAUUAAAGGCUGGUCGUGUGGAAAAUAACCCGAAUCGCAUGCUACAGGAAAAGACAUGAAAAUAGGGUGUCAACUCGGCGGAGGUUUUAGGCAGUUUUCGGUUUUGUUGCACAAGCAAUGUAACGUCAUAAAAAGUACGUAACAGGCGCUCAUUCUGUAGCAACAGAUAUCUCUAGUGGGAGAUCCGUUCUUUAUUAAGAAACCGCAGGCGUUCUUCCCAACUAAAAGCAUCAUAAUGAACUUCUCUAUUUUUGAAUUUUCGUACACCGUUAUGCACUACUGCUACAAAGAAUGAUUCGGUAAAAGCGUAUGUCGAAUUGUCUCCGACACAAUCGCACGCAGAAGAUAUUCUCCUUUGAGUUGUCGAUGGGAAAAUGGAACACAAUACUCGACUAGGAAGAAGCGAAAGCGAGGCAGAUGUUGUUGAGCCACGACCACGAAAACAUUCGUGACAAUUGAUAAAAUAACAAACAGAAAUUCGAGCCUGUUUGGAGAGAUUAUCUGAGGCGAGUAUUUCCAGCACCGAGGACAAAGAACUUGGCGCGCAAACAUUCGAGAGUUGAUAGCUACUCUUUGCCUGUUGAAACUGAAUAUCUAGUCAGAUUCAAGCCAAAGGUAUUUUCUUUUACAAGGAGAUCGUGCACUCUGCGCAUUACUGCCAUAAUUCCAAUGGUGGCGCAGUACUUAUCGACAACUUAGGUCUCAAACUAACGGGGAAAAUCCGCCAGCUUUGUGGGAAUAAACCACGUCAGACCUGCAAGCGAGUGCACAGUAUCGGCAAAGACACGUUCCCUCAUCCGAUUUUGAAUCCGUCUGCUUUUUUCUUUCAGUUUUCGCGGCUGCUCCCACGGAUUUCCCUACGGCAUGCUCUAGGCGGUGUCGAUAAUUCUCGCCAGAUUUGUUUCUUCGGCGCGAAGCGCUAAACAUCGUGCUCUGGACAAAUCCGGGCAAGGGAGGAUUAGUACCCACAAGUCGAUGUAGGCUAUCGCUUGUAUUUUUGUUUCGGCAGCAUGCAGCAUACAAUACUACGAUUGAUGAUUAUUUUUUGCUUUGUAUACUCAACGCCGCAACAUGAGUGAAACCAAAAUGAAUCUGUUGCAUAUGAUGCUGGCGCUAUAGGCAUACUGUCAAUCACUGCAUUAACUCCAAAUAAAAGCAUUAAAAUUAAUCUCUAAAGAUUCGGCCUUGUUACGUUUCAUGUUUCAAUUAUUGUUUUCACUCACGGAAGUUCCUCUAACUAUCGUUUAAUUAGUCAAAAUUGUCUUUCUGCUGACGCAAACCGAUGAUUCCAUUUUGCAUAAUCUAGCAUGUAAAUCAGGUCCAAAAUUGACACGAAAUGUGCUCAGAGUGAUUCGGUAUAUAUAAAAGAACUUUUAGUGUAAACUCAUUCGGUAAUACUGAUAAAAACAACAAUCUGGAUCGAGUGCAGCAUUAUCAGUGGUCUGUUUUGCACAAUAACUUGGUAUUACACCAAUGCAAUAUACUGCGUACGUUGAAUCACGGUGUACAAUGUUACCACAUCUCUGUUACACUAUCACCCCACCCCACAACUAUCACCACCUCCACUGCGAACAUCGCUUCCCCUUUAACAUCAACCCAAGCCUCACUUUUGAUCAACUCUUCAUCACCCAUCCACUAGUUUCCGGUUGCUGCGUCCCCAAAUAACUUGCCCGCCAACAACCCUGUGAAAUUGGCGCAAGAGUCUCUGAAAAUUGACAUGCCUGGAUUUGUACGGAGCACGCGUGGCGUCGCGUGUAAUGUUAAUUGCACCCGAGUUGUUUCUGUCGGAGGUUAUCGGUACACCUGCGUGACACGGACAUCUGCGGAUGACUGACUAUAGACUGGACACACCCAGACAAACACGGACUAGGUGAAGACAUACAAGGACACUGUUGCAUUACCUGUCCAGGAUGGAUUAUUAUAAGCUUCAUCCACUUCCAACGGUGAAAAAUAUUGCAAUUAUCCCUGCCGGAUGAAAUGGUUUUUGGUUCGUAGUCAAAGAGGCAGAAUCAAUUACGGUGAAUGAUGGGGAAAGAGAUUUUAAAAAGAAAGAAGAAAAAAAAAGAGACAUUGUUGAAGUAUGUAUUGUAAAACUGUCUUGCUUAUUGUAAUAUUGGCCAAACCCAUAUGUUGUACAUUUGUCUAUCGCAACUCACAGUUCUGCUUGUGAAAUAUAAUGCAUACCUAGGAGGUGCUGUAUAUACUUCACCAAAUCAUUCACCAGUAAAGACGCAAAGAAUAAACUCGUCAUUAUAAAAAAAAAACCAUGUUGUAUUAAAGACACGGUCAGUGGGAAGCGUUACUACUUUUUGUUCACUACGUUUUUACUUGGGCCCCCAGGGAGAACAGUCGUUUGACAACUGUUCGGGCUACCAUGGUAAAAUAUAACGCUCAAUAAAAAAAAUAAUAAUGAAUGUUGAAAAUUAUAAAGGAAAGAGGACCAUCGUCUGAAAAGUUGAUGUGUUCUAAAAGUAAUGCAGUUUUCUAAUCUUUGCGCCCCGUGAUAUUGCAUGAGUUUCCUAGAUUUCAGGCGUGAAUGUCGACAAGCGACACUCUAGAUGUCAAUGAAAUUACCGCCAGGCUUUUUGUCUCUACGUGUGACCGCACAUUGAAGGCUUCGGUCUUAAUGAAGUCUGAAGACUUGUCUUUGCUUUUGAUAUUGAAUAAAGUGAUCAGUAAACAUUUUGAAACCGAAAAAAACCUCGACAUCACAACACUUGCACUCACGCAGUGUGAUCAUUUUUGUACACGCAGUUAAGCAAGGAUUGAUUUAAGUGAAGUGGUGCCUACAGGCGGGUAAACAUACAAAUGGCAUCAGCGACUCAUGCUGCACGAGUCUCGCAGGGAAAAAAAGGAGACAUUUCAACAGAAACAAAAGCACUCCAAAAUUAAUUUCACAGCACGAACUGUCCGUGUACUUUACAUAAGGACGCUCUGUUAUAGAGUUUAUUAUAAGAACUGCACUUUUGCACACUAUUAGUUUUGUAUUGUAGGCCCAUUAACAAAAUGAUUGGAACAUUUUUUUUCCACAUAUUUCUGACGCACAUCUUAUGAAACCAACUUUCUCAAAUGUAACAAAUUAAUGGUACAAGUGGUUUUUUUAAUUGUGUUCUUUACAUCUGUCUUUAAUUUAAUUGCUACAACUAUGACCGCAUAAUUGUACUCCACUUGUAAAAUGGACAAGUUUACCAACAAGUACUUCAUUUAUUGGUGAAUGUCACUGUGAAAUUAACGAAGUCGACUGUACAAAAUGUUGAGACUGAUUUGUAAUGAAAAUGUAAAUUUCAAAUGUUAAAAUAUUAUGAUAUUUAUGUCGAACAUUAUUCGACUUCCAAAAACAGUGUGCAUUUUGAGAUUGGCUGUACAUUGACAAGAUUGGUUUAACUUUAUUGGUAUAUCGUGACCAAGUGGUAACGCAGUAUUUUCUUGUGGUGGACAAUUUAUUUUGGUUUUUAUAUAUAUAUCAGAGCUUAGAGCAAUGCUCGGAGUGAAAUAAACUCUUUUGAUCAUAUGGCGACAGUGGGGUACAUCUCACAAAUGGCAACAUUUUACAAUUUGCCAUUUCACAGAAUGUGCUUACGGCAAGUAAUACAUGCGCCAGCUGCUUUCAUUAUCAUGUCAAAUGUGUUACUACAUUAGUUCUAUGUAAUGUGAAAGAUACCAAAAAGCGAGUUAACAGUGCUAUAGCAGAUAAUUAUUAAAAUGGCCGUUGACGCCCAAGGCUAGGCCUGGUCAACCAUACGCGCGCUGCGUAUCGACCGCUUGUUCCUCGCUCACUCUCGAGCGAUACUUCACCUUAUCACAUCAGGGAAUGGCAACCAAGGCCAGACGAGUUAAUCUCAACAGGCUACAUUUCAAUAAAAUGCCAUCUUUUCUCAUUAAGGAGAUGAGGUUUAACAAGGUUUGAGGUGUUGAGAGGCCAUCCAUUUACAGUUUGAGUGCACCCUGUUUGGUUUAUACCAAGCUAAAAGAUUGAAGCAUAAUAUAAGUGAGAAAACAUUGAGUUAAUAUAGGCCUAAGGAAUAUUGCAGGAUACAGGGUAAGAGUAUGAAGAACAUUAGAAUAAGAACGAUGAGAUUUUUCAUCCUGUUGUCCUGAUGUAUCAUCAAUUCGAAUAGCCAAGGAUUACAGGAUUCAACAGAAUGAUAAGUCUGGGUACGGUUCUAUGUGCUAUAGGACCACACAAAAAAAGAAGAAUUGGACAGGAUUUUACCCUUUUUUUACAUUUUUUUUCUUUUAAUUUGCCAAACAUUUUCGAAAAUGAUGAAGAAACAGAUUUCUAGCCUCAACUCGGCGCAAAUGUUGCCCUCCUUUAUCUACGUAGGCCUAUUUGAUUUUUCUCUUUCAAAACUUUUAUUUUUUGUACAGAUGUACAACAGUUUGUGCAAUGUUAACCAUAAACAGUAUACCAAGUCAUUUUUUUAAUUAUAAGGGUUGUACAAAGCUUUGGUGAAGUUUGUGUUAAUGUUGUAUGAUAUAUUCUCGAUUGGACGAAAAGAGUGUAAUAAAGUAAAGUAAGUAUAUAUUGCACCAGCACAUUUAUUUUCCUACUUAACAUGUACGUGUAUGUAUAUAGCGAAGUGUAAAUUUACAAAAAUUGCUCAAGUUGAAAUUAAUUGAUCUGGUAAUCUUUUUAAAUGGAAGUCUUUUGUUGUUCUGUUUGUUACACAAGCCAGUAGAGCUGCUCCCAGAGGGCAUACAAUUCCAUUCAAUUGAUUCACAAUGGCUGUUCACUGGAAGUCUUCUCAUGUAUAUGAGCCGGAUUGAGCCUAGUCAAUGGCGUUACGGGUAAUCCGGUACGAUAGCACUUAGUGACAAUGAGUCGGUGAGCCAGUGAAGUAGAGAUAGGACUUUAGACUCCACCCGCUCUGGGGACCAGCUAAAAUCCGCUUUUGUGCAAUUUGACUCUAAUGUACUCGGUAUGGGUCAGGAUUGUAAAUGCCCUGAUAAGGUGAAGUUAAUACUGCCAUGAAAAUAAAUAGUGUGUAAUGUACGCCUUACGAUUAUGAGAAGACAUUUUGUCGUCUUGAUUAAAAACUACCAAAUAGUCAUUUGAAAUAUACAUGGGAUGUAAUGUACAACUGAUUGAUGGAAUAUCACGUAUCAAAA